UGUGAGCAUGUUCCUCAGUGACCUGUCAUGGGUAUGUGUGUCCUGGUGUUGACGGAAGAUAUUGUGAAGUCUGCAUGUAAUAGUAUGCAAGAUCAGAAGCCAUAUUUGGCUUGUCACAUUUCAGAACUUUUGAAGUUGAAGAGACAUUUGGAUUUAAAAAGGACAAAUGUCUGAACAAGGGUCGUCCGCAUCAUGUCGCCUUUAUGACCACGAGGUGGCGAUGUACACGGGCUUCUUCAAGAAGGCGGACGCAAACAGUGACGACUGCCUCUCAUUUCGAGAACUGGAAGCUUUGUGUCAGCAGCUCGGAUUUAAACUCAGUAGGAAGGAAGUGAAGAAGCUGUUCCGAGCGCUGGAUGAGGAUGGGAACAAGGUGAUUUCCCUGGAGGAAUUCCUCAACAAGAUGCCCAACAUCAGCACCGGACAGAGAAAUUGCGCCCACCUGCGACAGAUCUUCCAGACAGUGGACAAGAACGGUGACGGCUAUCUGACGACGGAUGAACUGUACGACGUCAUCAUGAGUUCUGGGCGGCCAUUCCGGAUGUCGAUGGUCAAAGGUGUCGUGGAGAAACUGGACAAGUCAGGCGAUGGACGGCUGAACUUUGAGGAAUUCCUGAACAUGAUUGACUUGGCAUAAAACUUACAUAGAACUUCGCCUCCCCUUAAUAAGCAUCAUUUAUAGAAUAUAAUAGUGUUAAAUAGUGUUAAUGUAAUAAAUAUA